AUGUAUCGCAUGGUCAUUUUAUCAUUUCUUCUGCAAAUGUUGUUAUGUGUGCAGUUACAUCUGUGCCAGAAAACAAAUGGUACUAUACCACCACUUAGAAAACACGAUGCAAGGGGAUUAUUUGUAGCACCACAUUGCUGUGAAGAACCGUGGUUUUUCGAUCCAAAUACAGGACAAUGCAUUCUAAACAUGGUAUCCAUUUUUCUCCUUUACAAAUAG